AUGUUGGUGGCCACCUCUGCCGCUGAAGAUGGCAUUUCCUAUUACUUCUGGUGCCUCCAGUUUACAGGCUGUAGGCUGCUGGAGGAGAGGCAUGCUUUUCUUAUUUGUAUCUUUCUCUCUCCACCCCCUGCCUCCCAAAAGGCCUCAGCAGAGGCCUCCGGGACUCCUGGCUGCGUGCUGCUGGAAGAAACGUGCACGGACAGCCAGAGGCGCCUCGGCAAAUCCUCUGCUGCUGGGCGAAGGCCCUGUUCCUGCUGCCAGGACUCCCUGGGAGGGGGUGGCCACCAGGGCUGGCGGUGCCUCAUCGCUCCUGGAGAGGUGGAGGCAGCCGGGUGCCCGCCAAGAUCAGAGUCCCCCUGGGACAAGCUCAGGGAGGCAGGGGGCCUGGCUCCACACCAGCUCUUGGACCCACGUGCAGCCUGCCCGGCCACCGCCUCCCUUCCAGCCUCAGCUCCCUUAUUUGCAAAAUGGGAAUAUGGAACGACUCACAAGGGAGAAGGCCAGAAUCCUUCCCGCAGCUGCCGAGGCCCUGCCGGUCUUCCUCAGAGGAUGUUUCUCCAACCUCUGCUUCAGAGAAUUUGGUGCAUUUAUGUGGCCACUGAUGCACUGAGAAUAAAGGAACCUGUCCAAGGGAGGCAUCCAGAGCUGGAAGGCUGUCCACCUGAGACGACCAAGCAGGCAGAGGAAGAGGGGAAGACACAGAGCCUCUUGACCUGGAACUCCCAGGAACACCUGCUCCCUGCAUCACUUCAGGGGACACGGGUUUGAUCCCUGGUCUGGGAAGAUCCCACAUGCUGCAGAGCAACUAAGCCCGUGCGCCACAACUACUGAGCCCGCGUGCCACAACUACUGAAGCCCGUGCGCCCAGAGCCUGUGCUCCUCAACAAGAGAAGCCACCGCAGUGAGAAGCCUGUGCACCACAACGAAGAGUAGCCCCCGUUCGCCGCAACUAGAGAAUGCCUGCGCGCAGCGACAAAGACA